UUCUUUUUGAGUGGAUAGCGAGUAUUAUCCUAUGGCCAAUCUAUUUUUGUAUCGUUCUUGUUGGCUAUGUGUACGAUUACUUUGCAUGUAAGAAAGUUCCUGUUCCACACAGGAUUCUCAUCACCGGUGCAAGUUCGGGUAUAGGAAAAGCUACUGCUAUUGAAUAUGCAUCUCCUGUUCAUUUCAGUUGUCUCUCAUUAGAUUUAGGAUACGACUUUAUAUUUGAUGGGAAGAGAUAAAAAAAGACUGGAGGAAGUCGAGAAAAUCUGCUCAGAUAAGGGUAGUAAGGUUUUUGUGCUGCAGUGCGAUGUUCGUGAUAAGGACAAAAUGAAUGAGCUUAUUACUAAGGCGGAUGAUGAAUCACCUAUCGACUUAGUUAUUGCAAAUGCAGCAGUUAUGAUUCCUGAUUGUGGAAGAACUGAGGACAUUGCCACAGUGACAACAGAAAUCUUUUCUACCAAUGUAGAUGGUGUUUUUAACACGAUCUUCCCCCUUCUUUCUCGUAUGCAAGCUCGUCGUGCCGGACAAAUCGGAAUUGUUUCCUCCACCGCCGGCUUGUGCAGCGAGCCCAUGAAUCCACUCUACAGUUCCUCUAAAGUCGCCGUGAUGAGCUACGGCGAAGCUCUCCGUUGGAUCAUGCGAGACUACAACGUGUUUGUGAGUGUAAUCGUUCCUGCAGCGGUGGACACGCCGAUGACGAACGUUCCAAUCAUUCGGAACAUGCCUGGACACUUCGCAACGCCCGAAGACAUGGCUAGGGUUAUUCGGAAAGGACUUCAACGCGAUUACAUGCAUAUUGCCUAUACGGCAAUGGAUUAUUGGACGUGCUGCGUGAUGAUGAGAGACGUUCCGGCUGCGGCGAGGGACUUUUACUUCCGAUUGUUGCUUCCGUUGGUGAAGAAGUCUGGAAAUUACUUGAUUGAAUUCCAUCCUGCUCCGAAGGAAUCGCAUGUUUGUUGA